GGGCGGGCGGCCAUGGCGGCGGGCGGCGGGGAGGAUCAGCGGCGGCUCUCGGCGCUCUCUGUGUACCGCCGGGCAGCGGGGACCGGCCGGCUGCUGGAGCGGCAGCGCCGGGAGACUCCGCUGCCCGCGGGACGCAAAAGGGCUAAAACGCGGCCGAGGCGCCGCGGGGCGGGAAGCGGGGGACCAAAGGCGGAGGCUCUGCCGCCGACCGCCCUUCCAAGCCGCGUGGAGAGGGACAAGGCGCAGCCGAAGGGCGGCGAGGCGAGAAUCGGAGGUUCGGAGCCGGGGACUCCGCCGCAGACACCGCCGCAGACACCGCCGAUCGCCGCAGACACCGCCGGCCUCGUGGAGCCGGGCAAGGAGCCGACCGGCGGCCCACAAGCGAAGCGGCAGCGCGGCCCCGCGUCCGGCCCCGCGUCCGGCCCCGCCGGUCCUCGGCCGGCAAGUGAGGGCGGUAGCGGCGUAGUGAGGCUGCUGGAGCGGCUGGGGCGGCUGGAGGACAGCCGGCAGCGAGCGGCAGAGUUGUUCCGAUGGCUGAUGGCGCCGGUGGCACCGGGAGAGUUCGUGGGGCGGCACUGGGAACGGGCGCCGCUGCUCGUUCGGCGGGGCGACCCCAGCUACUACGCGGGUCUCUUCUCCACCGCCGACUUCGACUCCGCCCUGCGGAGCGGCGAGGUCCACUUCGGGACCCACCUGGACGUGACCAGCUACGCCGAAGGGGUGCGGGAGACGCACAACCCAUCGGGCCGGGCGCUGCCCGCCGUCGUCUGGGACUUCUACCAGAACGGAUGCUCCCUGCGGCUCCUCAGCCCCCAGACCUUCUCCCACACCGUCUGGCACUUCCUCUCUAUGCUGCAGGAGCACUUCGGCAGCAUGGUAGGGGCCAACACGUACCUCACGCCACCGGGAACGCAGGGUUUUGCCCCGCACUACGAUGACAUCGAGGCUUUCGUGCUGCAACUGGAGGGGAAGAAGCACUGGCGUGUCUACAGCCCACGGAGGGAUGCUGAGGUGUUGCCCCAGUUCUCCAGCCCAAACCUCACUCAGGCAGAGCUUGGUGAGCCCAUGCUAGAGACGGUGCUGGAGGCCGGGGACCUGCUGUACUUCCCCCGUGGCUUUAUCCACCAGGGCAACUGUCUCCCUGAUGCACACUCACUCCACAUCACGGUGUCCUCCUAUCAGAGGAACUCAUGGGGAGACUUUCUGGAGAAGCUCCUCCCAGCUGCCCUGCAUAUGGCCUUGGAAGAGGAUGUGGAGUAUCGGCGAGGGCUUCCCAUGGACUACCUGAGGUACAUGGGGGUUGCCAACUCAGAUGCAGCUGACACUCGCCGUGCGGCCUUUGUGGAGAAGGUGCAGAGCCUCAUAAAGAAGCUCAUCGACUAUGCACCCAUUGAUGCUGCUGUGGAUCAGAGAGCCAAGUCAUUUCUUCACGACUGUCUUCCCCCGGUGCUAACGCCAAGUGAAAAGGCACGGAGUGUGUAUGGCUUCCCAGCUCGGUGGCAGGAUGGAGGCCCCUGCCAUGUUGAUAUCGUGAUAACAAAAGACACAGAGGUCCGUCUCCUCCGCCAUGGCAUCGCUAGGUUGUGUAAUGAAGAAGGAGGUGUGAUGCUGUAUUACACAACAGAAAACUCAAGAGAGUAUCACAAGGAAGAACCCAAGUUCCUUGAGAUAGAUCCCGAGUUUACAGAUAGCAUUGAAUUUCUCCUGUCUUCCUAUCCAAACCACGUCAGUGUAGAUACCCUUCCAUGUGAAACCUCAGAGGACAAGAUUUCUCUAGCCACUCUCCUGUUUGAGAAGGGCAUUCUGACUACAAAGAAGCCUCUCUUGCAAGUGUAACCCUUUAUUUUUUAACAAAAUAAACAUACGUUUGUUUAGAGAG